UACACAAAACCUGGGCACGACUGUCAUGAUUAACACGCACAUAAAUAAACGUUAAAAGAUGACAAAAGCAUACACAUCCGAUCACGCACGUACGCACACACACACACACACAAGGAACGCGCACCAUACCGACAGACACACCAGUGAACAGGGGAUAUACAGUCAUUUGAUGCCUAUGCAGCAGUUGGUCGCUUUUCUCUGUUUUUGGAUCGUUUCAUCUAAAUGAUCAGCUGUGACUUCUUACAUCGUGAAGAGCAGAUUAUGCUCAUUCUGGAGCACGUGGACAUCUAUCUGUAGAUACGGGGCUGCUGAGUUAGCGUGCCUCUCCAAGGCUUUGGUGAGCGCAAGGAGUCAGUCGUAUUGGUGCAUCGGCUGGAGACGAGUAAGAGGUGCGGAUAGAAUAACUGUACAGCCUGAAGAUCCGUAAGAAAAGCAAUAAUGGGCUCGUUAAUGUUGAGAUAAUUCAAACAGUGAGUGAGAUUAUGUCCCUGUGGAAAUUCCGAGGACGGACUUUGCGCUCCCUCCUAGGGGACGAGGGCGCGGGGGGUUGUUCCCCAGAAGAUUAGCAUACAGUUUCUCCCUAUGGAAUGCGGAGACGUUGCGAAAACCCCCUCCCCGGUAUUGAAUCUUGGAGUGAUUGAUUUUUCUUAGGACUAUUAAACGAAAUAAGCUCAAGUGGCGUUAAUUGUGUUUCGAUGUGAGAGAGAUUGGACAACAGUAAACAUAACCAUCAAUUCAUUUAAAAACAUUGACGACGGAUGACUGUUUCGACCUUUCUUUACCUAAUUAUAAGGUUUAGCAAAAUCUAAAUUUUUGGGCCACAGCAAGCAAAAAGUGUUUACUUCAACGUAAAAUAACUGUAGGCUUUGAUCUGUGUCGGAACAGCAGCAGCAAUAUUUCCUGGAUACAAGACCGCUGCUAGGAUAAUCUUUGUUGAGUUGCAAAUUGGGUUGGUCGCUGUCCAUGGUGCUGAUGUUCCAGGAAUGGUGGAGACGCUAAGUAUCGCUGUUAUCGGAGCUCCCGGAGUCGGGAAAACUUCCAUAAUCCGUCAAUUUAUUUAUAAUGACUUCUCAGAGGUUUACACUCCAACCCGAACCAGGUAUGUGUACAGACCCUCUGUCAUUUUGAACGGUAACAUGUACGACCUGAAGAUUUUGGAUGUCCCGCCAAUUUCGUCAUUCCCCUCAAGCUCGAGCCAGGAGUGGCUGGACCUACGCUGCAGAGGGGUGCGUAAUGCCAACGCUUACAUCCUGGUCUAUGACAUCUGUUGUGUGGAGAGCUUUGAGUACGUCAAGAUGAUCCGCCAGCAGAUCAUGGAGCACAGGGAGGGUAGCAGCAGUGAGGUUCCCAUCCUUGUGGUGGGCAGUAAAAGAGACCUGCAGCGCCAGCGCUUCACGCCUCGCAGGGCCGUCUCUGUACUGGUCAAGAAGACCUGGAAGUGUGGCUAUGUGGAGUGCUCUGCCAAGUUCAACUGGCAUGUGGUCCUGCUCUUCAAAGAGCUGCUGGGCAUCGCUGUAGGGCGUGGCAUGAAACAGAACCACACACCUGGGAUCCGCCUACAAGGGGCGCUGCAGAGGAACCGCUGUACUGUCAUGUGACCCAGUGGACUCCCUCCGGUGUAGGGUGAAGUUGCCCCAGUUUUGCAGUUUUCACACUAAUGGUAAAGGUUAGGAUUGAGGGAGGGGAAGCUGAUCCUAGAUCUGUAACUAGGGGAAACUUCACCCCGGAGCACUUCCUUCCCUCCUAUGUCAGAGCCAUAGGAACCUCAGUCACACCUCAGGGGGAAUGGUUAUACAGAGAAGACUUCGAUCUAAAUGGCUGGAAAACACCCAGAGGCCUCCUGCUUUACUGAGCUCAUUUUCAUAUGAGGUUUAUCUGACUCGGAUCCUGUAGCUACUAGGACUGACAUUGGUCCCUGUACUAGACGUGCAUCUUUAUCACCUAUCACAACACCACAGUUCUGUCACAAUGUUCCCAUUGAGAGGAAGGAGGAAGAUGAGGAUGAAGAAGAGGUUUUGUCAAUGGAUUUCGAGGAGUAGAACAUCUACUUCCACAGCUCUGGUCACAGGUCACCCAAACAAUUAUCAUCACACCACAGCUCUGGUCACAGGUCACCCAAACAAUUAUCAUCACACCACAGCUCUGGUCACAGGUCACCCAAACAAUUAUCAUCACACCGCAGCUCUGGUCACAGGUCACCCAAACAAUUAUCAUCACACCGCAGCUCUGGUCACAGGUCACCCAAACAAUUAUCAUCACACCGCAGCUCUGGUCACAGGUCACCCAAACAAUUAUCACCACACCACAGCUCUGGUCACAGGUCACCCAAACAAUUAUCAUCACAGCUCUGGUCACAGGUCACCCAAACAAUUAUCACCACAGCUCUGGUCACAGGUCACCCAAACAAUUAUCAUCACACCACAGCUCUGGUCACAGGUCACCCAAACAAUUAUCAUCACACCACAGCUCUGGUCACAGGUCACCCAAAAAAUUAUCAUCACACCACAGUUCUGGUCACAGGUCACCCAAACAAUUAUCAUCACACCACAGCUCUGGUCACAGGUCACCCAAAAAAUUAUCAUCACACCACAGCUCUGGUCACAGGUUACCCAAACAAUUAGCACCACACCACCAAGUGUGGCUCUGAGCGCCCCAGAUUGCAAGGCAACAGCUCAUGCAUGCUGAUGGUUGUAUCUGAAUAAGUAUCAUUACCGACACGACUAGGUAUUCUCUCCAUAUUAGCUUAGUCUCAUACAUGCGAGUGGAAAGAAUGCAACUUCUUUAAAAGUGUUCCUUUUUUAAAUUUUUCGUGGUAUCCAAUCGUUUGUAAUUACUAUCUUGUCUCAUCGCUACAACUCCCGUACGGGCUCGGGAGAGACGAAGGUCGAAAGCCAUGCGUCCUCCGAAGCACAACCCAACCAAGCCGCACUGCUUCUUAACACAGCGCGCCUCCAACCCGGAAGCCAGCCGCACCAAUGUGUCGGAGGAAACACCGUGCACCUGGCCCCCUCGGUUAGCACGCACUGCGCCCGGCCCGCCACAGGAGUCGCUGGAGCGCGAUGAGACAAGGAUAUCCCUACCGGCCAAACCUUCCCUAACUCAGACGACGCUAGGCCAAUUGUGCGUCGCCCCACGGACCUCCCGGUCGCGGCCGGCUGCGACAGAGCCUGGGCAUGAACCCAGAGACUCUGGUGGCGCACCUAGACCACUGCGCCACCCGGGAGGCCUCAAAAGUUUUCCUUUUUUUAAACGUGAGGCAGUGUCAUGUGACGUAGAUAAAUGCCCUGGAUGUCAUACUUGAAAUUGCAUUAUUCUAAGAUCGAUGCAUCAUAGGAAAGGCUAGGUUACAGGGGUUAUGUGGUAAAUGUGGGUGAGUCAACAAGAUGGAUGGCUUACUCUUGGUUUAGUACAUCCGCUUCCUCUUUUAGGGGUAGCAGCACCAGAAACCACAGCUCUCCAAAAUGCCCCCUAAACAGUAAACCAUUUAAUUUCUUGUUCAGGAAUUGUUCUUGUACUGCAGGUAAACAAACACGCACUGAUUGGAGGUGCUGGUACAAAAUUAUAGUGCUGUCACUCCCUCUUCCCAUUUAAAGUCUAUUGUUUAGAGGGGGAUGGGAGGUUAUCUUGCAUCAGAAAAACACUGCUGUCGCUAUCAUGAUGAAGGACUUUAAUCCUCCCUUCCUCCCGUCUUCCUCAGUCUGUGUGCUUCUGAUGAAUACAUUAUAUCAAUAGCGCUCUGGUGCCUGCAGGAAUCUAGAGGGGAUGUCUAGCACAGAUAUUGAAUGUGAUGCAGGGAUAGUAGGCAGGGGGUGUGGUUUUAAAAUGCUUGUAAGGUUAAGCCCAGGUUGAUGGGCAGGGUUAGUGAAACAGAAGGCCAAUGGAAGGAGAAAAGAAAGAAGUAGAGACUAUGUUAUGGGCAAUAAAUCUGCAGAGCACCUUGACCAGCACGACAAGUUGUAUCCAACCACAGUACAAGUCUAGAAUGCCUCACAUAGAAUGUAUUAAACCUCCCUGCUCUUGGAUAUACCCAGACCACCACACACAAGAGAGCAUACACCCCGAGAGCAUUCCAAUAUAUUAGCAUCCUACCAAACAAACAAAAUACUUUCUGGAAAUAUCAAAGCAGUGUCUGAAUUGUGCAAGAUAUUUAUAUUGUUUGAGAAUGUGGUAAACAUGUGUCCUGUGAUUGCAGACACCCUGUGACAAUGUUUUCACUGAAAAUGAGUACCUGUAUUGUACGUAUGUAUGUGCAUCAUUGAUUUGCAUGUUGUUGCUGCCAAGCCAGCAGGUCAGGGUUUAAUUGCACUGGUGUGAUUGUGUAGCUGUAAUUUAUUUACCUGUGUGUACUGUAUAUGGUUAAUAUCGGAGACUAUCAAAAGCAGUUGAGAGGUGUGUGUGUGUGUGUGUGUGUGUGUGUGUGUGUGUGUGUGUGUGUGUGUGUGUGUGUGUGUGCGCGCACAGGCUCCAUUUUACUGAAAUGAUAGUUAGACAGAUUUCUUAAAGAGAAAGAUUAUGUAGCAUCUGAGAGUAAUGGUAAUUUCUCAAGUAACAUGAAUGGCCAUCCAUUUAAAUUAGACUGUUUGUGUGAGUGUGUCAUGUGUUCCAACAUCAAGGGCUAAAUUUUCUAACAAACAUCACCUUUUUUUCCAGUAGUAGGUGUUAGCUGUUUUGUUUUUGACAAUGGUAAAAUUAAACGUGUUGCCCACAAUAACCGGC